AUGUUUCCCCUUGUGCCUUUUGCCAUGAAUGACAACUCUCGUCAAUACAGAAGAAUCCCCAUUCUGGACCGUCAGUUUCAGGAACAACUAAACCCUUUACCAUUGAACAAUUUACAAGGCAGCUUGGCUAACCAAAGCCACCAACCUCUGAGAUUUCUUGGAAAAUUGAAUGUGAUGAAUAAUUAUGAUGAUAACAAUCUUCGUUUCUUUGAUGUUAAUGUGCCUCAAGUUGAACAAGAAGUUGACCAGCCUAGAUUGGUCAAACCUCGCAUGAAAUGGACUGAAGAGUUGCAUGAAAGUUUUGUCAAUGCUGUUGCUGAACUUGGUGGAGCAUGGGAGGCUAAGCCAAGGGCGAUUAAGAGAAAAAUGCAAGUGACGGCUAUAACUCUGUACCACAUUAAAAGUCACUUACAGAAGUAUAAAAUGGCGCAGGAGCCGGAUGGCGCGAGAAGAAGGAAGGCGAUGAGUAUAUUAGCUUUCCGUUUCUUUUUUUUUUUACCCCUCACAUCAACUACCCACUUUGCUCUUUUAGACUCGAANCUUGAUGCAAUAGAUAACUAG